AUGCCUACACAUGCAAGCGAACACUCAUCUAGGACAGCUAAACCUACUGUUGAUUGGGCCCACGGUCAACAAAGAGCGGACGAGUUUAUCAAAAAACUCCACAUCUCAGAAAAAACAUACCUUGUGACGGGAGCUGCAUCGUUUCCUGGUAUGGGCUGCAUAGGUGUGAUAGCUCCGAUCCCUCGACUCAAUUUCACGGGCAUUUGUCUUCAGGAUGGGCCUACCGGUCUCAAUCGCAAUGAUCUUAUCAGUGUAUUUCCGUCUGGGAUCACUGUCGGUGCUACAUGGGAUCGACAAUUGAUGUAUGAGCGCGGAUCGGCUCUUGGACAAGAGUUCCGUGGGAAGGGAGCGAAUGUCUUUCUUGGGUACCACCCCCAUUCUCCAGGACCCCUUGGAAGACAUCCGCUUGGAGGCCGCAAUUGGGAAGGAUUUUCUCCAGAUCCAUACCUCUCCGGCGUGGCGAUGGCCAAAACAAUUGAAGGAGUUCAAGAGCAAGGAGUUCAGGCAAAUGCGAAGCAUUACAUAGGGAACGAGCAAGAGACACAGAGAAGUGCAACAGUCAUUGAUGGUGUCACUGUCAAUGCGUAUUCAAGCAACAUAGACGACCGAACAAUGCAUGAACUCUACUUAUGGCCGUUUGCCAACGCAAUCAGAGCCGGUGUAGCGUCAGUCAUGUGCUCAUACAAUCGUGUGAAUGGCACCCACUCAUGCGAAAACAGCCAUACAGUGGAUGGACUGCUCAAGAAAGAGUUGGGGUUCCAGGGCUUUGUCGUUUCGGAUUGGUCGGCAACGCGAUCUCUAGCAAAAGCAGUUCUGGCUGGCCAAGACAUGAACAUGCCCGGUCCUGCUGACCUGGACGGAUUCCGAACUGGUAAGACCUUGUGGGGAAUCAAUUUAGAGGCUGCUGUUCGGAAUGGAACUGUACCAGAGUCUCGACUGGAUGAUAUGGUUCGCAGGAUCCUUUCGCCUUACUUCGCUCUAGGCCAAGACAAAGGAUAUCCAACAGUCGAUCCAACAUCAGCCCUGGCCAUGGCGGCUCAGUACAAUCGGCAGGUGCCUUUAGCCAAUGUUGGAGCUGUCGAAGCUCGAGAUGUGCGUGGUACUCACGCUGAGCUUAUCCGAGAAAUGGGUGCAGCCGGCACGGUUCUAUUGAAGAACUCGAAUGGGACGCUACCCUUGCAGAAGCCAAAGAACAUUGGAGUGUUUGGCAACGCAGCUGGAGACUUGAUGAGUGGUUUCACAUCCGUGUCAUAUGCUGGCACCCUUAACGGGUAUGAAUUCGGGACCUUGGAUGUUGGCGGUGGUUCCGGUUCGGCUCGACAUUCUUCUAUCAUAUCACCUCUCCAUGCCAUUAUCAUCCGUACUUCCCAGUGGAAAGGGCGUGUGCAGUAUCUACUGGAUAAUGAAAGAUUGGCCCAGGACGAUUUCACCAGCAUCUGGCCUGUUCCGGAGGUAUGCCUCGUCUUCCUCAAAACCUGGGCAUCUGAAGGAAUUGAUCGUACGUCCUUCGAAAAUAAUUGGAAUUCAACGGCUGUCGUGGAGAGCGUGAGCGCUCGCUGUCCUAGUACCAUUGUUAUAACGAAUUCUGCUGGGGUUAAUACGCUUCCUUGGGCCGAAUCCGACAAUGUCACUGCGAUACUAGCCGCGCAUCUACCUGGCGAGCAAAUAGGAAACUCAAUUGUUGACGUUCUCUUUGGUGAUCGAGAGCCAACAGGUCGGUUACCAUAUACGAUACCAAGAAAGGAUUCCGACUACGACAUACCUAUCCUUAAUCUUACAGGGCCAGAAGCAACCGAUUCCAAAGCGUGGCAAGCGAAAUAUACAGAAGGAACCCUGAUUGACUAUCGGCACUUUGAUGCUAGAAAUAUCACUCCGCUUUUUGAGUUUGGCUUCGGAUUGGGCUACACUGCAUUCAAACUUACCAGCGAAUUGUCGAUCCACAAAACUGGCAAUACUACCAUCUCCGCUUUCCCGGAUCCUGAGAGGACCAUACAACCUGAUGGCAAUCCUGACCUCUUCGAAGAACUCUUCAGUGUAUCUACCCAAGUAGAAAACGUAGGAGAUCGUACUGGCUCCACGACAGUCCAGCUUUAUGCCAGUAUACCUGAAAGUGACACACCCAAGGUGCUUCGAGGAUUUGAGAAGGCAACCGUAAGUGCGGGCCAGAGCAUCAACAUAUCUUUCUCACUCCAGCGGCGUGAUCUGAGUGUUUGGGAUGUCGCUCACCAAGCGUGGCGAGUUCCUGAGGGUGAAUUUACGCUUGCAGUGGGACUUAGCUCUAGAGAUUUACCUGUUCAGAAGAAAUUCGAAGUACUUUAA